AUGAGUGGUAAAAGUAGCCUUUUAAUGUUAGCUCAUCGCAAGUGCACCGUUAUUCUAUCUUCCCUGCCGCGGCGACGGAGCCCAGAAGAGUGCCCCCCGAGUGGAGGUUGGCGAUCGCGAAGCCCAGAGCCCGGUGCGAUGGCGGCGGCGACGAUGGCGGCGGCUGCGGCCGCGGCGACGGAGGCGCUGGCGGCGGCGGCGGUGGACGAGUGUCACCCGGACGGCACCUUCGGCUGGCCCGACUACCUGCUGCUGGCCGUGAUGCUGGUGGCGUCCACCACCAUCGGCCUGGUGUUCGGGCUGCGCGGCCCCAAGCAGGCGACGGCCGAGGACUUCCUGCUGGGCGGCUCCUCCAUGGGCGUGGGGCCCGUCGCGCUCUCGCUCGCCACCAGCUUCAUCACGGCCAUUGAGCUGUUGGGCAACCCGGCCGAGGUGUACGCGCACGGCACGCAGUUCUGGCUCAUCUGCGUGCCGUUCGUGGUGGUGGCGCCGGCCGCCGCCUACUUGUACAUCCCGGUCUUCCACAAGCUGCACCUCACGUCGGCCUUCGAGUACCUGCAGCUGCGCUUCGCCCCGCCCGCGCGCACCCUCGCCGCCGCCAUGUACGCGCUGCAGAUGACGCUGUACACGUCGGUGGCCGUCUACUCGCCCGCCCUCGCCCUCAGCCACGUGACUGGACUUAAUGUAUACAUUGCUGUAACGUGCGUCUACAUCGUCGUCAUCGUAUAUGCGUCACAGGGUGGCAUGAAGGCGGUGAUGAUGACGGACAUGUUCCAAGCGGUUGUGCUGGCAGCCUCCAUCCUCGCUGUGCUGGGCAUUGGCCUGGUCCUCGAGGGCGGCAUCUCGAAAGUGUGGGACCUCAGCGCCAAGACAGAUCGUCUCGAAUUCUUCAAUAUGGAUCCCAACCCAACAGUGCGUCACAGCUUCUGGUCAGUAGUGGUAGGAGGUUCAUUCUACUGGGCAACAAUGUUCUGCGCUAACCAGGCGUCCAUCCAGAAAUGCCUCUCCGUAGAAACCAUGAAACAGGCUCGAACUGCCAUUUGGGCUAGCUGCAUCUGCUUGAUUGUAGUCUUCUCCAUAAAUUUUAUUACUGGAAUGAUUGUCUAUGCUGGUUAUCAUGGCUGUGAUCCUUUGAAAACUAAUACCAUCUCGGAGGCCGACGAGCUGCUGCCACUGUACGUGCUGGAGUUCCUGAGCCACCUGCCGGGCAUUCCGGGCCUCUUCGUUGCCGGCAUCUUCGCCGCCUCGCUCGGCACGGUGGCGGCGGCGUUGAACUCGCUGACGGCGGUGACGAUCAAGGACUUCAUCACGGGCGCCAUGGGCAAGACCCUGCCGCCGGAGCGCGGCGCGGCGCUGGGCAAGUGGCUGUCGCUGGGCUUCGGCCUGCUCUCCUUCGCCCUCGUCUUCCUCGUGGAGCGCCUCGGCAGCGUCCUGCAGAUCGCGCUUAGCUUCAAUGGCAUGGUCGGUGGUGUCACGUUGGGCAUGUUCUCUCUUGGAAUGUUCUUCCCAUGGGCCAACACUAAGGGGGUGUUGGUUGGUGCUAUAACGGGAGUGGCUGUUGUGACGUGGAUCUGCGUGGGUGCUCAAGUGGCCAUGGUGAGCGGACACAUCGUCGAAGAGACCAAAGAAACCACAAUCGACUUGUGUGAAUGCGUCCUCAACAUCACCGUGCCCGAGGAUCCAGCGCCCGGAGAGGGUGACACUGUGAUGGCGCUGUACCGACUGUCGUAUCUGUGGUACGGCGCGGUGGGCUGUUGUCUCACGGUGCUGGUAGGGCUUCUGGUGAGCGCCAUCACGGGCACGCAGCGACCCGGGGACCUCGACCCCACUCUCAUCUCGCCGCCCGUGUGGACGCUGCUGCACGCGCUGCCUAGCGGAUUGCGACGCAAACUCAACGUGCCGGCGAAAGAGAGCAAGGACGGCAAAGAAAAUCUGGCAAAUAACUUCAAGUUGUCAAGUCAAGAUGUCUAUGUGAUUGGGCUGGAUAAUCCUGCUCUGGCAAAAGAUGAAGAUACAGUGGCGACAGAAGAAGUGACACGAAGUGAUGACCUGCAGCGAGGCAGAUAAACCUAUUUCUGGGAGGACUUUAAUUCUCCUUUGACGUGUAUAAACUUCAGAGAAGUUUGAUCUUAUCAGUAUUUCCUAGAAUUGUCUAGAUGUACUUUUUAUUUAUGUUUUAAGUUAUUUAGUGACAGUGAGUGUGAUUGUUGUACAGUUAGCUUGUGCCAUAUGUUGUUUUAACAUAAAUCUCUGUUUAUUCUCAUUUACUAAAAAUAUUAUGUCUAAAGUACAUGAGGAAAAAUGUUUUCCGAUAUUUUCUAGAUGAAUUUCUGACUCGCAACAAUUGAAAAUACCAUGUAUAUAGGUAGAGUGAAGACUUGUACAAACCAUGUAUAUAAAACCAGUCAUGUUAUUACAACCAGCAAACGAUUUAAUCUCUACCCAGUAUAUCACUAUGUAUUCAAAGAAUACUUUCACAUUAUUGACAAAUGU